UGCAGGCAGCCCUGGUCGCGAAAAAUUCACGGCCAAAAUUCGCGGUCAUUAUCAAAAUCGCGGAAGUCUCUAGUUUUAUGUAAUGUUUAGGUGACGCGGAAUAAUCCCCAAUCUGAGCGCUAAUUGUCCUACUUCGCUAUGUUUUAUUACCACCUCGGGGUCGUGGUCCGUUGCUCGCGGCAGAAGCCGCUGAUAUUGUGGGCGCCCGUCUGCCACAUGAGUGGACUCAGCCCGAUGAAGGAAUAUCAGCAGCGCGUCAGUUCUGGGCAACUGAUGACGGAUGAAAGGCAGUCCCAAACAAUGAAGGAGCUGGAUGCACUGUACCACAAGAUUCAAGGAUACAGACCCAGUUACAGGUCGGGUGGCGGCGGUGGCUUUUUUAGCUCCCUCUUCGGCCGGAAAUCCAACGAAGAAGAUGAUCUUGACGAUCCCAAUGCUGGCAGCCACGCCCCUCAGGGUCUGUAUCUCUAUGGCAGCGUGGGAGUGGGAAAAACCACGCUGAUGGACCUGUUCUUUGACUGCUGCACCAAAAUCGAUCGCAAGCAGCGCGUUCACUUCACGUCUUUUAUGAACAGCGUGCACACCCGAAUCCACGAAGCUAAACUUAAACAGGGACCUGUUGAUCGAGCCUUCAAUUCGGAGAAGCCCCACCCUUUUGAUCCCACAAAACCUGUGGCUGACUUGAUUGCCAGCGAAUCCUGGUUGAUUUGCUUCGAUGAGUUCCAGGUGACGGACAUAGCUGACGCAAUGGUGCUGAAGCGCCUAUUCACCCACCUCUUUCGGCAUGGCAUUGUAGUUGUAGCUACCAGCAAUCGACAUCCGGAGGAUCUCUACAAGAACGGCCUGCAGCGCACAAACUUCCUGCCCUUCAUUGGACUGUUACAGCGACGAUGCAAGGUAUCUCAAUUGGAUUCCAUUGACUACCGGCGGAUAGCUCAGUCUGGUGAUACCAACUACUUCGUGAGAGGUCAAACGGAUGCCGAUGGUAGCAUGAACCGCAUGUUUAAGAUCCUUUGCGCCGAAGAGAACGAUAUUAUCAGGCCGCGAACACUGACUCACUUCGGAAGGGAUUUGACCUUUAAUCGCACCUGUGGUCAGGUACUGGACAGCACCUUUGCAGAACUAUGUGAUCGCCCCUUGGCUGGUAGCGAUUUUCUGCAGAUCUCGCAGUUCUUUCACACCGUCCUCAUCCGAGAUGUGCCCCAGUUGACCCUGGAUGUGAAGGCGCAGAUGCGGCGCUUCAUAACGCUCAUAGAUACCCUGUAUAAUAAUCGAGUGCGUGUGGUCAUAUCGGCCGACGUUCCGCUGGAAAGUUUGUUUAGUUUCACUGGAGGUUCCAAAAGUCUAUCCGAUUCUGAGAGGACAUUAAUGGACGACUUAAAAAUAAACGAAUCUAAAGCCAGUUUUUUCACCGGUGAGGAAGAGCUUUUUGCUUUCGAUCGCACAUUAUCUCGACUCUACGAAAUGCAGAAGCGGGAAUACUGGGAGCAAUGGGCCAAACAUCGCUAAACCCCCAUAUCACAAAGCAGUAGUUCAAUUAGCGCAAUUAAAUUAUUUGUUUUCUACCUCGAUGUCGCGGAAUUUUUCAAACAAAAUUUCUUGUACUUAUCAAAUCCCCUAUAAAAAAUGCAAUAUUAACAAUAGGUGCCUUUCGCAAGUAUUAAAGCAAUAAAAAAAUAGACAAAGUUA